UAGGUUUUACGGCCGGUGCCAUGUGAUCCUGGCCUGCAGUCGGGUGGCUGUGGUGUGGUACCUGGGCUACUGAAGGGCGGGCGGAUAGGUCUUAACCGCCACGGCUAGCGGACUCUCUCCUGCGUCAAGGCUCAGGAACAACGAGCAGGUGGAGCGUUCAACGCUCAGUACCUACAGCACCGGUCGGCUCUUUCUGCCAUCUCCGCCUUCACCUUUCUCACUCUUUGCAGGUGAAGUCACCUUUGGGUUUGGAGACCUUGGGGCCUGAGGCUCACCCUCGAAAGGACCCUCCCCCUCCCACCCUUUUCCCUCUCAUCCUCCAUCUUUCAUUUGCACCACCGAAUCAUUUCGCCUUUGUGCUAGCCCGCUGAGCCGUGCCUGGAGGCCAAGUUACAGGCAGUAAAGGUAACUGGAGAAAGCAGCCCCCCAGUGGACAAAGGCGAAGGCAAGGCAAGAAUAGAGCAGGCCUAAGAGUCGCAGUCGAUGAGAAUAAGCGGCUGAGUGGGGAACGUCGAAAAAAAAAGAAAGGGAAAAAAAAAAAAACAACAACAACCGAAAACCAGAGAAAGAGUACAGCAGAUUUAGAAGGGACUGGAAAGGACUUGUUGCACAAUGGAAGAAUCUGACUCUCAGAAAAAGAUGGAGAAAGAGACUAUGGGGCCGAGAAUGGAUCCUCCCAUAGGGGAACCGGAAGGAUCACUAGGGUGGGUGCUACCAAAUACAGCUAUGAAGAAAAAGGUGCUGUUGAUGGGCAAAAGUGGGUCUGGUAAGACCAGCAUGAGGUCUAUUAUCUUUGCAAAUUAUAUUGCCAGAGACACUCGUCGCCUUGGUGCAACAAUACUAGACCGUUUACAUAGUCUUCAAAUUAAUAGCAGUUUGAGCACCUACUCUCUCGUAGACUCUGUUGGAAAUACAAAAACAUUUGAUGUAGAACAUUCUCAUGUUCGAUUUCUGGGAAACCUGGUAUUGAACCUGUGGGACUGUGGUGGACAGGACACCUUCAUGGAAAAUUAUUUCACUAGCCAACGGGACAACAUCUUCCGAAAUGUGGAGGUUCUGAUUUAUGUCUUUGAUGUGGAAAGCCGGGAACUGGAAAAGGACAUGCAUUAUUACCAAUCAUGCCUAGAGGCCAUUCUGCAGAACUCUCCAGAUGCCAAAAUCUUUUGCUUGGUGCACAAAAUGGAUCUGGUACAGGAGGAUCAACGGGACCUGAUUUUUAAAGAGAGAGAAGAAGAUCUGAGGCGCUUGUCUCGCCCAUUGGAAUGUUCUUGUUUCCGAACAUCUAUCUGGGACGAAACCCUCUAUAAGGCUUGGUCCAGCAUUGUUUAUCAGCUAAUUCCCAAUGUUCAGCAGCUGGAAAUGAACCUAAGGAAUUUUGCUGAAAUUAUUGAGGCUGAUGAAGUGCUUCUAUUUGAGAGAGCUACUUUUCUGGUGAUUUCUCAUUAUCAGUGUAAAGAACAGCGUGAUGCCCACAGAUUUGAGAAAAUCAGCAACAUUAUUAAGCAGUUUAAACUAAGCUGCAGCAAGUUGGCUGCCUCUUUCCAAAGCAUGGAAGUCAGGAACUCUAACUUUGCUGCUUUUAUUGACAUCUUUACAUCCAACACUUAUGUGAUGGUUGUGAUGUCUGAUCCAUCCAUUCCCUCUGCAGCUACACUGAUCAAUAUCCGCAACGCCAGGAAACACUUUGAAAAGCUGGAAAGAGUGGAUGGACCAAAACAGUGUCUUCUCAUGCGCUAACAUUGCCAAAAUGUUUCAGAAAAUAAAUUGAAAUACUAUUUCUUAAUUAAUCUUAAUGUUGUAUUAGUAUAUGUAUGCUCUGAAAUACUGUGAUGCUACCAUUUCUGUAUUCUUCCCUACUUCCCAGUUUAUCUUGGAUGCUAUUUACUCAAAUAGCCAGUGAAGAGUUAAAAGAUAAGCUGUUCAUAAAGUUGGUAUGACAUAAAGUAGGUGCUUGUAUGUGUUCUGAUAACAGGUUCUUCUACUAGUGUCUUUGUUCUGAUGACCUGGUUCUAAUAGCUGUGUAUGUCAAAUUUCCCUUUCCCAACAUUGUGUUGUAUUCCUUGUGAGAUAGUACCUAUGUUUGGAAUAUACUGUUUUCUCAGCAUGAAUUAAAAAUAUUCUGUAACUUCAAUUGAAAAUAAACUUGCUGUUAGGAA